AGGCACCAUAUUGCGCUUCGGUGGUAAGCAAACAGGACAGAUAUAUCCACAGCUCCGUCUUCAGCUCUCUCUCACAAACCUACUGGUAGUCCGUAGCAGUGAUUGCUCUAGCCAGUUAGGUGCUUUACCGUCAAUUUUCUCGAGAAAAGUUUUUUUCCCCAAAGAGGCGAACUUUCUAGGCAGAAGAAGCAAGUUACUAGAUGUUUCGGAUAUAACUCUCUUGCUUUUCUUAAUGAUGAUGAUGGUGGGUAUUUGCCGCCCCGUCCGAGAUACAUGGGAUCAAGCUAUGGACCGAUGCUACCGUCUCUUUCCUUGUCUUUCCGAUCCCGCACGGAGAUCUUCGCUCGGUCUGAAAUUGGCGCUGGUGACUUUGCAUCUGGUGUACGCCGGCAUUCUCUUUCUAUUUGAUGGAGAUUUAAUAGAAAGGACAAAAAGCGAACCCUGGUACACUGCUUUAUAUUUGUUGUUGUUCUUUGCUACACUGGUUCAAUACUUUAUUACUUCUGGUUCUUCCCCUGGAUACGUAAUUGAUGCAAUGAGAGCUGUUACUGAGAAAAUUCCAAUAAUUCAAAAGACACCAGUAACCUCAAAACAACCUGCUUCAAGCAAAAAUGGAAGCUUGGUUAUUACCAUGGAUGGAAGUCAGUUGGAAAGAAAUCUUCUAGGAAAUAACACAACAUCAUGGUCGAAGUUGAUUAUGGACAUGUAUCCCCCUGGAACAUCUGCUAGAAAUUGGACUUGCCCUUACUGUAAUGUUGAGCAGCCUCCACGGGCUAAGCAUUGUCAUGACUGUGACAAAUGCGUUCUUCAGUUUGAUCAUCAUUGCGUUUGGCUUGGAACAUGCAUUGGCCAGGGUAAUCAUUGCCGAUUUUGGUGGUACAUUUGCGAAGAGACAGCACUUUGCCUCUGGACUGGCAUUUUGUACAUUACCUACCUGAAGGCUAAUAUAUCAAGGGCUUGGUGGAAGGAUGCAAUCAUGAUAGUGCUGUUGAUUACUUUGUCAAUCUCCCUCAUCUUUCUGCUUCUCCUACUACUAUUUCACAGUUAUCUUAUUUUGACAAAUCAGACUACCUAUGAACUCGUGAGACGUAGACGCAUCCCGUAUCUAAGGGGUAUUCCUGAAAGAAUUUAUCCUUUUAGCAAAGGAAUUUGCAGAAAUUUGUAUGACUUCUGCUGCGUUCGAAGCAGCAUAUUCAUCAAGGAAUCGCUACCCACACAGCAGGAGAUUGAAGAAAAGUCAAGGCCCUACACGUGCUACGAUGUUGUGACCUGUCGUUGCUGCUGACCUUUGCUUACAUUCAUCCCCUGCAGAUUUAUAUACUCUGAUUAAGAAAUAUGAUUGCAUAUCCCAUUUGUUUGAUUCUCAAGCUGUUUGUUUGUUGGAUUUUAGAUUGCACUUUUUUGCCGGGUUUGUAGGCUUUGUAGUAGAGGGGUAUUUGAGGUGAGAUGGUUGGAGAUGAUUAUGAUAUUCA